UCUUCUUCGCUUAAACCCACUGAGACUUCUUCCUUCUAAAACCCUUUUGCCGGCAAAUUCGGCAUCGCUCCCUUUCUUUCUUUCAUUGAUUCCUUAGGGUUCUGCCGAGUUCCAUAUUUCUGUCCCUCUUCUCAAUCCGUCUCUUGUCAUUCUAAUUGGGUCUCACCUAUCUCUGCUGGAAUUAGGGUUUUUCCAUGGCGACUUCGGCACACGCGAUGGCAGUGAAAUCGCUCAACAGUUCCGGGGGUCGUAAAAGAUUUUCGUUCAAGACCUUCUCGGAUAGAAUUGGUGAGAUUGAUAUCGUUACCAAUGUCUUUCGGAGCUUGGAUAAAGUCAAGGCUGAGCCUUCAGAGGGAUCUUCAUUUUUCAAGGAUAGCCUCGUAGAAUGGAGGGAACUGAAUACAGCGGAGGACUUCAUUUCAUUUUAUGAGGAAAUAUUUCCAUUUGUUCAGACUUUGCCCUUGGUUCUUUUGCAUAAAGAAUUGAUCUUCUCAGAACUUGAAUCUAGAUUACAGUUGAAAUCAAGAUUAUCUCUUGAGCCUAUUCUCAGGUUGAUUGCUGUUUUAUCGAGAGACCUCUUAGACGACUUCCUGCCCUUCCUUCCCAGAAUUGUUAAGUCCUUGGUGUCUCUCCUUGAAAGUGGUGGUGAGAAAGAGCCAGAGAUUGUUGAACAGAUAUUCACGUCCUGGUCUUAUAUUAUGAUGUAUCUGCAGAAGUAUCUCAUAUGCAAUAUUGAAGGUCUCCUCAGGGAUACACUAGAAUUGAGGUAUUAUCCCAAGGAAUAUAUCAAGGAAUUCAUGUCAGAGUCAAUUUCUUUUCUGUUGAGGAAUGCAGGGGAUGAACAACAUGAGAAAGGGAUCAGGAGAAUCCUGUCCGAAGUUGCUAAUCCACUGAGAAAGUCUGGAGGAGUUGCUUUGCUAUAUUAUGUUAUGAGGGGUACUUCAACAAAUCUCCAUUCAAAAGUUGGGAGGGCGUUGAGGUUCUUACUAAAAGAUUCAACAUUUUCUUUCUGUGAUAAAUUUGAUAAAGGUUCUAGAACAGCGGUGGAAGUUGUGAGUUCUACCUUACAAAGAUUAUGUGAGGAUUUUGAAGCUAGUGAAUUAAACAUAAUGUGGAAGUGCUUGUAUUCAGAGAUAAACGAAUCAGCUGAGAUCAAGAAUUUUAUUCAUUUGAGCCGAUUGUUGGCAGUGCUUACUUCAGUUGUUCGGAUUAAUAAAGGUCGCAAAACGUCUGAUAACCAGGCAAUGAAACUUGUGAGCUGCCUCAUGCCAACUAUAAUCGAAGCUUCUAAGAGGAUGGUGGAAAAUGAUAAUUUAUCUGACCUCAUAGAUGAGGUUCUGCAGCUGAUGUUAGGCAUCAUUGACAGUCUUCAGUUGCCCAGUGAAGUGGAUAAUGUUGCGAUGCAAUGGUCUCCUGUAUUUGCUUUUAAGAGUUCAAGUGUGCUGACUUUUAUACGGGAGUUGCUGCAAAAGGACCAUCUCAUUGUCAAGGCCUUCACUACUAAUAUAUUAAGUGCAAUAAACAAUAUGGUGGAGUCUUCCAAGUCUUCUGAGGAGAUUGUUUAUUUGUUGCUGUUACUGGCUGAGCGACAAGAAGCAACUCCUUACAUUACGGAGAUAGAUGAGAAAAUAUGUGGGAAAAUUCAUGAGUUCCUCGAAAAUAAUAUGAAGCAGGCUGUACAAGAUAUAGUGCAGGAGAAUAUCAUGUCCACCCAAAUUGAUGAGGGCAAGUUGGCUACAUUCUGGGGAGUCAUCAACUCCUACCAUUAUUUUAAAGUGGAUUCGUCUUUACUGGUUAAUCUUGUGCAUGCUCUCAGAGAACAUUUGCCUAUCUCAGGUGGUACCAUCACAAGUGCCCAUGAAAUGAAAUGGCAGAGCUUAUUUGGUGCUGCUUUGAGCUCAUACUACAAAUCUCGAAAAAUCAAUUGUGUUGAUGUCAGUGAAGCUUUAUCUUUUGCAAAAAAUUACAACUCAUGUGUACAAGUAUUGUCUGCUGUCGCCGACUAUUUGGAUGGGCUUGUGGUAGCAAAUGGUAAUCAGAGUAAGGAAUAUCAUGUAGAGCUUCGGGCGGAGAAGGCUGUGGAGGCAUUUAAAAUACUCUCUGAAAAUCUGCGCAAUUCUAACAAAGACAUCCGUGUUAUGACUCUAAGGAUUUUGUGCCAUUUUGAAGGACUGAGCUCUGAGCCUGCUUUUGAUGAGCAACCUCCAAAAAAGAAAAUGAAAACUGAAGAGACUCAAGCAUCUCUUCCUAAGAGCAGCGUUCUUCAGUCAUUACUUUCAAUUGAAGAGACCCCUCUCACGAUUACAACCAGCCGGAAGCUAGUCAAUUUGAUCGCUACAAUACAGAUGGAUCUCUCUGCCGGCAGGAUACAUGAGGCAUAUGUGCCACUUGUAUUUAAUGGGAUGAUGGGAGUAUUUCAUAAUCGGUUUAGUUAUCUAUGGGAUCAGACAUCGGAGUGUCUUGCAGUUCUUUUGAAGAAGCAUACUGGAGUCAUUUGGGAUGAGUUGGUUUGUUAUUUUGGCCAAUGCCAAGUGAAAUUUGGAACUCGCGUUAUCCUGAAUGAGAAUGAGAACCACAGCAUGUUAGACAAGAGUACAGAUCUGGUUGUCCAUUUCAGUUCUUUUCUAUAUCGGCCAUCAGAUAGUACACCAAGUGCAACAGUUGUAUCUUUGUUGCUCCGAACCUUACAAAAGGUUCCUUUUGUUGCUGAAUCUCGGUCGUCGGAUAUAAUCCCUUUGUUUUUGGAGUUUCUGGGAUACAACAGAGAAGAUUUGGUGAGUGUUGGGUUAUUUAAUCGCGGGGCUUGCAAAGGAAAGGAGUGGAAAGGAGCUCUUAAAGAGUGGUUAUCUCUGUUGAAGUUGAUGCGGAAUCCAAGGGCCUUCCACCCCAAUCAAUUUGUAAAAGAUGUUCUGCAGUAUAGGCUUCUGGAUGAUAAUGAUGCUGAAAUUCAAAUGAAUGCGCUUGAAUGCCUGUCACUGUGGAAGGAUGACUUCGUACUCCCAUAUUAUCAAAAUUUAAAGAAUUUGAUUAGUUCCAAAGACCUGAGGGAGGAGCUCACAACUUGGAGCUUGUCCAAACAAUCAAACUGUGUUGAAGAAGCUCACAGAGUUCAUCUUGUUUCUCUUGUAAUUCGCAUAUUGAUGCCGAAAGUCAGAAAAUUGAAAACAUUGGCUUCCCGGAAGCAUACGAGUGUUCAUCACCGGAAGGCGGUUCUUUGUUUUAUAGCUCAGCUGGAUGUUUGCGAGCUCACUAUCUUCUUUGCAUUGUUGAUAAAGCCUUUGAAUAUCACGUCAGAGGGAACAAUGGACUUGUUUUGGACAUCACCUGAUAGUUACUUGGAUCACUUCCAAAUGUCGAAAUAUCUGAAGUAUUUCAGUGUUGAAUCCAUAUCAUCCUUAUCUUGGAAGAAGAAAUUCGGUUUUCUUCAUGUCAUCCAACAUACCCUUGAAGUCUUUGAUGAAUUCCACAUUCGUCCGUUUCUGGAUUUCUUGAUGGGAUGUGUGGUCCGGCUACUGGUAAACUCUACUGCAAGAAAUGCUACUGAUGUCUUACCAACCUCAGAUGAGAAAGAGAACUCGACCUUGUAUUAUGACCAGACUGGUUGUAGAUCUUCGAAGCAGUUCAAAGAGUUGAGGUCUUUGUGUCUGAAGAUUAUUGCCCUUGUUCUCGAUAAGCACGAGGAUUGUGAUCUCGGCUCUGAGUUCUGGGACAUCUUCUUUGCAGCAGUGAACCCUUUAAUUAAAAGUUUUAAGCAGGAGGGUUCUAGUAGUGAGAAACCAAGCUCACUGUUCUCAUGCUUCUUGUCUAUGAGUAGAAGCCACAAUCUUGUUACUCUCUUAUGUAGGGAAAAUUCUCUUGUUCCAGACAUUUUUUCUAUUCUAACAGUCGCGACAGCUUCAGAAGCUGUGAAGUCGUCCGUCUUGAAAUUUGUAGAGAAUCUGCUCAGUCUUGAUAGAGAGUUGGGUGACGAAGACAAUAUGGUCAAAACAAUCUUAGUUCCAAACGCUGGGACAUUGAUCCAUAGCUUACAUUCACUUUUCCUUGGUGAUACUUCUAAAAGAAAUUCUGUCAGAUAUCAUGGUGAGAGAGAGAUUACGAUUCUCGAACUAUUGUCAAAGUACAUCCUGGAUCAGUCACAUGCAGAGAAAUAUCUAGACGUGUUGCUGUCUUUCUUGGCUAAAAGUGUGAAAGAUUCUGAAAUCCGUCGUAGGGCUUUGCAAACCGUUCAGUAUAUCAUACCUGCACUUGGAACUGAGAGUAUGAGCAAGAUUCUUAACAUAAUCUCUCCACUUCUCAUUGAUUCUGACCUUGACGCUAGGUUAUGCAUCUGUGAGCUUCUCAAAGCUCUUGUAGAAAUUGAUUCUUCUCUGGAUAUCGUGGCAAAUCUCAUCUGCGAUUUAAACGCAACCUCAGCAAUGGAAGUUGAUGGCCUUGACUAUGACAAAAUAGCUAACACAUAUGCUGAGAUUGAUGUUGAUUUCUUUCAGAGAUCUUCAGAACAGCACACAUUGAUCCUACUCUCGCAGAGUGUAUACAACAUGUCAUCGAAAGAACACACACUAAGGGAUGGUGCCUAUGGUCUCUUGCGUACUUUUGUUGCAUUUUCAGCCUCAGUACUUCGCCAAAAGGCUUCAGAUUCUCCUGACAUCAGCAAAGAAGUUGAAAAGCCUAAUGGAAAUUGGACGAAAGCUCAUGUACUGCGUACCAUAAAAAAGUUUCUUUUGAAACACAUGGGUCGCUCUAUGAUCAGAGGAGGUUCUAUAAGAAAGGAGUGGAUUCAUCUGAUACGUGAAAUGGUGAUAGAACUUCCAGAUGCUGGAAACCUUGCUUCAUUUAAAGCUUUAUGUUCUGAAAAUCCAGAAGUAGAUUUUUUUAAGAACAUUGUUCACCUUCAGAAACAUCGUAUAGCAAAGGCACUCAUGCGCUUUGCAAAUGUGAUCAGUACCAACAGCCUACAUGAGGGAGUAGUAACAAAACUUUUUGUCCCGCUUUUUUUCAACAUGCUGCUUGAGGGGCAAGAUGGAAAAGAUGAUAAUGUUCGAACUGCAUGUGUGGCAGUCCUUGCGUCUAUCUCUGCCCAUAUGAGAUGGGAGUCAUACUAUGCUCUAUUGUCUCGGAGUUUCCGUGAGAUGAGCAAGCAUAGUGAUAAGACAAAAAUUCUAUUGCGGCUUAUAUGCUCGAUCUUGGAUAAGUUUCAUUUUGCAGAAGGUGGUAACAGCCAUGAAGCUGAAGAGUGUUCCUUCGAUAGUUUGAAUGAUGAGACAUGUUUGGAGAUUAGCACUCGCCUUCAGAAAACUGUGUUUCCGAAGAUACAGAAGUUGAUGAAUUCCGAUUCUGAUAAAGUUAAUGUUAACAUCAACUUGGCUGCAGUGAAGGUUCUAAAGCUGCUCCCAAAAGACAUAAUGAAUGCGCAGCUUCCUGCUAUACUUCACAGAAUUUGCAGUUUUUUGAAGAAUCGGUUGGAGAGUACACGUGAUGAAGCCAGAUUGGCUUUGGCUGCUUGUCUGAAAGAACUUGGGCUGGAAUACUUGCAGUCUGUCAUCAAAAUUUUGCGUGCUAUCCUAAAACGAGGGUUUGAGUUGCAUGUGCUGGGAUAUACGGUAAAUUUUAUAUUAUCAAAGUGCCUGUCAAAUCCUCUAUGUGGGAAGCUGGAUGAUUGCUUGGAGGAUCUUCUUGCUGUGGUGGAAACUGAUAUCUUUGGAGAUGUUGCUGAACAAAAAGAGGUGGAAAAAAUUGCAUCGAAAAUGAAGGAAACAAGAAAAUGCAAGUCAUAUGAAACUCUGAAACUGAUUGCUCAAAACGUUACAUUCAAAAGCCACGUCAGGAAGUUACUCUCUCUUGUCACUGGCCAGCUGCAAAGGCAUUUAACUCCGAAACUGAAAUCAAAGCUGGAGAACAUGUUAGAUCAUAUUGCAGCUGGUAUCGAAGGCAAUCCUUCCGUUGUUGAAAUAGAACUUUUUCCCUUUGUAUAUGAAAAUCUCGUCGAUGAUAGCAUUAACAGAGAAAAGGGCACUGUGGAUCAGUUCUUCUCUCCAGCCUCGAAGAAAGAAAGGAAAGAUCUACAAAAGAAAGCUGGCUCUGCUGGAUUUGUUUCUGGAACCAAGUCAUGUUCCCAGCUUAUUACAGUAUUUGCUUUGGGCUUGUUGCACAAUAGAGUGAAGAAUACGAACCCGAACGAAUGUACCCAGGAGUUUUUGGAGAUGCUGGUCCCAUUUGUCGAAAAACUCACUGGGUGUUUGAGUUCAAAGUAUGAAGAUGUUGUAUCUUCAACUCUUAGAUGUUUUACUGCAUUGGUAAGGUUUCUGCCUUACCUCAUGUCCUGCAGUAUUGAAGGUGAUAAAGUAAAAAUAAAACUGUCGACCAUUGAUAAAGUGAAAAUAGCACUGUUGACCAUUGCCCAGUCUGCAGUGGAUUGUAGUAGUCCUCUGGUGCAGUCCUGCCUCAAGUUGUUGACAGUUCUUCUCCGCACUGAGUUGAUCACUUUGUCAUCUGAGCAAUUGCGGAUGUUGUUUCAAUUCCCGAUGUUUGUUGAUCUGGAAACGGACCCUUCGUUUGUUGCUCUUUCGCUCCUCAAGGUAAUUGUGAAAAGGGAGCAUGUUGUUCCAGAGAUAUAUGAUAUCGCUAUACGGGUUGGAGAGUUAAUGGUGAAAAGUCAGCUGGAAUCGAUCCGUAAGAAAUGUAGCCAGAUACUCUUGCAAUUUUUGGUCCGAUAUAAAUUCUCUGAGAAUCGCCUGCAACAACAUGUGGACUUCUUGCUUGCAAAUUUGAGGUAUGAACAUCCAAGUGGAAGAGAAGCUGUGCUUGAAAUGCUUCACGCUGUCAUCAAGAAGUUAUCAGAGCCUCGUCUCAAGAAGCAAUCGAUGGCAUUAUUUGUACAUCUUGUUGGAUGUUUGGCCAACGAUGGCGAUAGCAACGUUCGGUCUCAAACUGGAACUGUAAUCAAAUUCCUGAUAGGACACAUCACCGAAGAUCAAGUCAGUCCCAUUCUGUCAUGCUGUCUAUCUUGGUAUUCUAGCAAUAAGCAACAACUACAGGCUGCAGCUGCACAGGUACUUGGAUUUUUUAUCGAGGUCAAGAAAAAAAGCUUCCAGGAGCAUAUAAAUACUGUACUGCAAAAGGCCGAAACAAUUCUGAAGUCUGCUGUCUCUUCUGCCUCCCAACAGACGCAAGAUACCGUGGAUGUAUCCAGCAUUCCUUUCUGGAAGGAAGCGUAUUAUUCACUGGUUAUGAUAGAGAAGAUGCUCCAUCAAUUUCCGGGUUUAUGUUUUGGAGACGAUACAAAGGAUAUUUGGAGUAUGGUCUUUGAGUUGUUGCAGCAUCCACAUGCAUGGUUGCGAAACAUAUCAUGCCGAUUUCUCAACUUUUAUUUCAAUGCAUUAGCUAAGACAAAAAGAUCGAGCUCUCGAGAAUUAGCGGUUGAUUCUCUUCUCACAAGUCCAACUAGACUUUUCAAAGUGGCUGUUUCUCUAUGCAUCCAGUUAAAGGAACAACCCACCACUGGCGAUACCAGUAACGUUGAUAUCCUUACAGCAAACAUCGUUUUUGCGGUCUCUUCCCUUCAUUCUCUGACGGGUCAAGCCGAUACAAAUCGUCUGGAAACUUUGUCUGCCCUCGAAGAAGAUGAACGAAACUUGUUCCUUGAAGCUUUCGAACUGCUUGGUUCGAGGAAAGAGAGAUCAAAUUUUCUCGCUCUUACCUCAGGGGAACAAGCUGGGGAAAGUGAAGAUGGUGGAAAUAUUCCGAGAAAAGUAUUUGUUGGAAGUUUGCUCAAGAAAAUGGGGAAGCUUGCUCUUGAAAUGGAACUCAUUCAGACGAAAACGGUUUUCAAUGUCUAUAAAAGCUUUACCUCGCAAAUGAAUCAAGAAGAAUGCUGCCUAUAUGCCUCAAUAAUACUUCUCCCGCUGUACAAAAUUUGCGAAGGGUUUGCCGGAAAAGUCAUCUCUGAUGAGUUGAAACAGCAAGCGGAAGAGUUAAAGGACAGUUUACGAGACACUUUGGGCAUGAAGAUCUUUGAAGAGAGAUAUCGUGAAAUCAGGGAGAGGUUGAAGAAGAAGCGGGAGAAUAGGAAACGAGAAGAGAAGGUAAUGGCGGUGGUUAAUCCGGUGAGGAAUGCCAAGAGGAAACUCAGGUUAGCUGCCAAGAACCGCGAAAACAAGAGGAGGAGAACCAUGAGCUUCAAAAUGGCUAGAUUCGUUCGUUGAGCUCGGAAGCCAUGCCUUGCUCAUAUACGCCAUUGUUGUGAAGUUUUGAAGAUUUAGAGUCGUUCGUUCUUUUUAACCCUCGCUGGUUUACAAACCGGAAAUGUUGUUUGAUCGGCACGAAAAAUGGCGUUUCAGUUGAAUCUUGUUUAUCCACAACUUGUACAAUCCCUUUUUUGCAUAAUAGGAACAGAGAAACAAGAACAAUUAUAGUAGUCGUCGUCUUGUGUGAUGACCAUUCUGUUUCUGUUCAUCAUUUGAAAGA